AUGAAGCUCAGUGCCUCUCAACUCCUCAUUUCGUUGGGUCUUUGCGGCAUCGCGACACGUGCAACUCCCACUGCUCGAUCAUCCACCGAAAGGUCGUCCACAAGCUGGACCACAGAGAACGGAACAAAGUGUACGAAGUUCAGCCUUGUGGUCCCAGUCAAUGCGACAAAUCUUAUACUCGAAGGUCCUCGAGUGGAUAGCAGUUUCGAUGCUGUUACCUAUGCAUGGGACGGCGAUACAUGGUCCUCUGCAAACGCAACGGAACGUAUCAAAGGGACCAUAUCCGUGAACACCGCUUUCAACAUAGCGGCUCAGUUAUGCAUACCAUCCUCUGGCGGCAAAAGUGAUAUUCUCCAGAUUGCAACCCAUGGUAAUAGCUUUGAUAAGAGAUACUGGGACGCUGAAGUUGAGCCAGAAAACUACAACUAUAUCAGAGCAGCUACGAACGCAGGCUAUUCCAUUUUCACAUAUGAUCGGCUCAGUGUUGGUGGCUCUGACAAGCCCGAUGCAUAUGACAUUGUACAAGCUCCCGUUGAACUCGAAAUCCUCCGAGGGGUGACAGAGAUGGCUCGCUCUGGCGAUAUAUCGAGACUUGCCGCGCGCCAGAUUGAUACAGUGCUGCCAGAUUUCACUAAAUUUGUCCAUGUCGGGCACUCUUACGGUUCCAUCCUCACUUCGGGGCUUCUUGCUAAAUACCCUGACCUUACCGAUGGAUCUAUUCUAACAGGUUUUAUUAUCAAUCCGCACGGCCCACAAUAUCAAUUGGGAGUUCGAGGAUACCAGCUGGCAAGCGAAGCCUUCCCAGAAGAGUUUGGUCAUCUAGGAUCCGGAUACAUCUGCCCUGGUGCUAAGUACAACUUGCACAACUCAUUCUUCGGUGGUGGAGAUUUCGAUCCGAAGAUACUCGACUACGGUUGGAAGAUUAAGCAGCCUAGUACAGUCGGCGAGGGACGCUCGGCUAUCGCCCUCCUAGGACUUACUGCACAUAAUUACACCAAGCCGCUUCAAUUCUUUCUUGCCGAGUUCGAUGCGCCAGUCUGCAAUGGCGAUUGUAAGGAAGCAUACAACUUGACUCAAAUUAGGGAGACAAUUUAUCCAAACAAUCCCGUUGUUGAGGUACAUAUUCAACCUAAAACUGCUCACGGAUUCACAUUACAUCGUAACGCCACGGGGGGAUAUGAAGAGAUGUUCAGGUUCUUUGGAAGAAAUGGUCUUUAA